AUGGCUGCUAAGAAGGAAAUUUCAGCGACUCAGGUGCAUAGCAUGGACGUUGACAACCUAUCAUUAGGAACUUCAAUGCAACAAAUAACAGUUCGUAUGAUGAGAAUGUGGGAAGCUCGGAACUUCAAAAAAAAAGGGGAACUCAUGAGCCUCGAUCUACUCUUACUUGAUAGCAAGGGUACCUUCAUACAAGCAUCGAUCCACCACCGGCGUGUACCAAGCUUCAGGAAUUUCCUUCAAGAAGGAAAGGUGUAUAGCAUUGCCAACUAUGAAGUCAUCCCAGCUUACGACCGAUACAAGGUUACAAACAAUAACAACACCAUCAGAUUUACAGACAGCACAGAAAUAACAGAAGAUGAAAAGGAAGACUGCUCCAUAAGUUAUGAAAGUUUCAGAGUAUUACAGUAUUCUGAAUACCUAGCAUUGGCAAAUACCAACUUACAAUUACCAGAUGUUGUCGGACAACUACUAAGUGUCCAAGGAGCAAAUCUUCAAGACACCACCUCCACUCAGAAGAUUGUUAUGUUGCUCAUGCUGAAAGAAAAAGCCUUUACCCUUGAAGGACAUGAUGAAGUUGUGGUCGUUUGCACGUGCAUCAAUCCGAAGCUGUUCGCAGGUACCCUAUACUUGAAUUCCACAGGCGCAACCAAGUUCUUUUUCGACAAGGGACUUCAAAUUAUCAAAGAUUUCUCGAAAAGGGUCGGUAAAAAUAAGAUCAACCAGCGGCCAUCAGUCCAGAAUGAGGAAAUGACCCAGAAAACAUUUGAAAAAUCAACACUGACAUCACUGUUGGAAUACGCUAGGUCCUCUGCAAAACAGGAAAAGGAAGUCAUAUGCAGAGCAACAAUUGCUAGCAUAAACACCAGAAAUGGUUGGAAUUAUGUGGCAUGUGGAAGAUGCUCAAAAAAACUUGUCCGUGGACUAUCUUCAUUCACUUGUACAACUUGCAACGACACUAACGCCAUGGGUGUUUUAAAAUUCAGAGUGUACUUGACAGUUGUUGAUGCCGGCGAGGAAACUAACUUUGUGUUUUUCAACAGAGACACCCGUAAAUUGACUAACACAACUGCUGAAGAUAUUAACGAGGCCAGGGCGGGUGAUAACGGAUCGAACCGCAACAAUAUUCCCCUGUGCAUAACUGACUUGGUUGGAAAGACAAUGGAUUUUCAAUUAAAAAUCACAAACUUCAACUUCAAAUCAUCCUUCCAAUCCUUCACCGUGUCAAAGGUACUUCGUGAAAUAAAUAGGAGCCCCACUGAGGAAGUAAUCACGGAAGAAACACUCAAUCCUAAUCUGUCUGACCUGACAUACAACAUCAACGACAUCGAAAAGGAAUCAAUCCCGGUGGGAGAAACACUUGUUUCUGAUGAAGUACUAUCGGAAUGCACACACGCACAG